AUGCUUGCGAUUCGCAAGCUGCUGACCACCGAACCACCACCAGCAGUAUGUGCUCGGGUUUUCCACAAUCGCAGUGGUGUACCUCGUGUGGUUGACGAUCGCGAAAAAGCUCGAGCUUUACCGGAUGAUGCUGGGUACGUCUACCGCUACCACCGUCCCGGAAUCGAUCCCCUACCAAGAAUUCCUGGAUGUCGAGUUCCGGUUCCAAGGCCGUCCUAUCAUGUUCGUGACGCAUGGCGUGAAUCACAAGCGCGAUUCGGACAAAAUGAUUACAUCGAUCUGUUAGGCGAUGGACAAUUGCAUCCAGCUCUUCUACAGUAUCAUACUCCGAAAUGGCUGAGAGGAUUCCCCGGACAGCAUAGAGCGAAUGAACUAGUGAAACUGAUUCAUUACCGGAAUCUUUAUUCUGAGAAAUUGAAGCAAAAUUCACCAAGACGAUGGCAUGAACUUUGUAAGAGGAUCAAGUACUUGUUACAGCAUCAUAACUAUGAUAAACAAGAUGAAUUGUCGAGAGAACGAGAUCUUGGACUUUGGGACGAAGAACCGGACUAUUUCUACAAGGAUAAAUCUAGGCGGUCAUAUCAAGACCUUGUCUGA